AUGGAUUGGCAGAUUGUAAUUGGCAUACAAAGCCCAACAAACAGCCCAGCAAACAUCAAUGGUGUCCAUCGGGUACUGAUCCUGGCACUGGUCCAGAAGGUUGUGUACUACAAGCUGCGUCGCUGCCUGGAGUUUGGGAGAUUGAUUCAUCUGCAGGUGUCAUCCUGGCAAGAUCCGCAUCAAAGGCUGUGUCCCCUCCGUGCCUCCAUUGAUACACUAGAAGGAGAAUACUUUUUCCUUUGCUUUCCUGAGUUAACGCAAGAACAUUUUCGGACAGCAGAAUACUCAAUAAACUGGUACAAAGAAAACGCUGGAAAGCAGAAGUUGAUAAAAGAAACACACAGAAUUGUUUCACAAAUGAAUUUUCUGGAGUUUUGGCCAGCUGAACUCAGUGACUCUGGGAAUUACUCUGUCACUCGCAGCAAUGGAAAACAAAAUUUCACAAUUCAGAAGUGGACCUUGAAUGUACUUGAAAGAAAUAAAAGCAGCUGUUUCAAUGAAAAUCACUUAACUACAGAAAUUAAAAAUGUUGGAAGUGGUUAUUCACUGAAAUGUAGCGAUAUAUCUGUCAAUGAAAAUGACAGUAUAACAUGGUACAAGGACUGUAAGAACUUUCAGCAUAAAACUGAGCGGGAACUGGAUUUUAAAACUCUAACAUUUCAGCACUCAGGGAUAUAUACCUGUAAAAUUUCGAUCACUCGUGAGGGAAAGAUAUUCCACAGCACAAGUACAACUCAUCUGAUAGUAAAAGAAGAUGUACCAGAGGCUGUCACUUUGGAGAUAGUUGGGCUUGAUGAAGAAGUUGAAACACAAAUAGGUAAAGAAGAGGUACUCAAUUGCACAGGUUUCCUGGGUUAUUAUAUGCCAGAAGAUGCCAGCCUUUACUGGUCAAUUAACCAGACAUUUCCAAAAAAAUGUUCACGUAUCCCUGAGAAUGAGCCUUCAACAUGUGAAGAAGAGUUCAAAAAACUACUCAUUGGAAACAAGUUUUAUGUCACAAGGCUAUUACGGAUUAAAAAAGUAGCAGAAGAGGACAUGCAUCAUAAUUUCACCUGCAUGUUGCAAACUAAUGAAGGAAUGCGAAUAAAAAUAGUGAAACUGAAGAAAGGGAACACCCAAGAUCUGCCUGUGCAUAUAUUUAAAACUGGGAUGGUCCUUGGUGUAAUAUUUAUAUGCAUUGCUGUAGUUGCGGUGGUCAUCUGUGUGACAUUCAGAGUUGACUUAGUUCUGUUUUACAGGAACAUAUGUAGAAAAGAUGACACUGCUGGAGAUGGAAAAGAGUAUGAUGCUUUUGUGUCUUACCUGAAAGACUGUGUGUCUCCUAGUGAAGAAGAGAGAGCAUUUGCUCUGAAUAUAUUGCCCAAGAUAUUAGAAGAAAAUUUUGGUUACAAGUUGUGUAUAUUUGAGAGGGAUGUAUCUCCUGGAGGAGCUGUUGUUGAUGAUAUCCAUUCAUUUAUUGACAAAAGCCGAAGAUUAAUCAUUAUACUGAGCCAGAACUACAUUUCUGACAGAGCCAUAUAUGAACUUGAGAGUGGACUUCAUAAAGCCCUAGUUGAAAGGAAAACUAAGAUCAUAUUAAUUGAAUAUAUGCCUAUAAGUGACUAUAAUUUCUUGCCAGAAUCACUAUCUCUUUUACCAUCGCAAAGGAUUGUGAGGUGGAAAAAGGAUAAAUCUCUUCCUGUGAAUUCCAGAUUUUGGAAGAACCUUCGAUACCUGAUGCCAGCAAAACCUACCAAGUCUGACACCAAAGGGUGAUAUAAUAAUCUUGAUCUGGACUCAGAAGGUGUUCAACUAUGGACUGGGGGCUAUGACUUUAUUGCAGUCUUAUAACAAUUCUGUAAAAGGAAAGUGCUGCAGAAAGCAGACC